GAGCCUGUGUGAGUCUGUGUGAAGGGAGGCAGCAGAAAGCAGAAGCAGUGGGAGGGUGUGUGUGCGUGUGUGUGCUCUCGAUCGGCUCGGUGCGGCUCCACUGCUGCAGUCAGGACAUCAAUUUUGUAUAGACACUGAGUGGAGUGCUCACUAGCAUCAGGCCCUGCUUUCUUCCUGCACUCUCUCUAUUCCUCUCCGCUCUGCUACAUACUGCUCCGUCCGCCAGCCUGCUGCUGCUGCUAACGCUGCUCCUGCUGGCCAUGGAGAGCAGCUCCAUCAGCCUCUGAGCCAUGGAGCUGAGAGUAGAAGCAGCAUGUCUGCAUCUGACUCUAGUGCAGCGCUUCUCAGCGGCAAGGGUUCGGCUGAUUCCUACACUAGUAGACCCUCGGAUUCCGACCUGUCCCUGGAGGAGGAUAAGGAGGCGUCUCGGCGAGAAGCCGAGCGCCAGGCCCUGCUGCAGCUCGAAAGAGCCAAGACCAAACCUGUGGCUUUUGCAGUGAGAACCAAUGUCAGCUACUGUGGGGCCUUAGAUGAGGACUGUCCUGUGCAGGGCGCUGCCAUCAACUUUGAAACCAAAGACUUUCUACACAUAAAGGAGAAGUUCAACAAUGACUGGUGGAUCGGGCGGCUGGUGAAGGAGGGGGCUGAUAUCAGCUUUAUCCCCAGCCCCGUCAAACUUGAGGCCAUGCGCCUCAAACAGGAGCUGAAAGCUGCACAGAGAAAACCAGGAGGGAGGCCUACACCUCCAUCUUCAGCUAAACAGAAACAAAAGCAGACAGAGCAUGUUCCACCCUACGAUGUCGUACCCUCCAUGAGGCCUGUGGUGCUGGUUGGGCCUUCGCUGAAAGGCUAUGAGGUGACAGAUAUGAUGCAGAAAGCACUGUUUGACUUCCUCAAGCACAGGUUUGAUGGAAGGAUCUCUAUCACACGAGUGACUGCGGAUCUGUCUCUAGCCAAGAGGUCUGUGCUAAACAAGAAGGCCAUCAUGGAGAGGUCCAACACACGCUCCAGCUUAGCGGAGGUCCAGAGUGAGAUAGAGAGGAUAUUUGAGUUGGCAAAGUCUUUGCAGUUGGUGGUCUUAGACGCAGACACCAUUAACCAUCCAGCACAACUGACCAAGACAUCACUCGCCCCCAUCAUCGUCUAUGUAAAGGUGUCUUCCCCAAAGGUCCUCCAAAGACUCAUCAAGUCCAGGGGCAAGUCUCAAAGCAAACAUCUAAAUGUGCAGAUGAUGGCAGGAGAUAAACUCGCACAGUGCCCACCAGAAAUGUUUGAUGUCAUCCUGGAUGAGAAUCAGCUGGAAGAUGCGUGUGAACAUCUGGCUGAGUAUCUGGACAUCUACUGGCGUGCCACUCAUCUGCCAGGUUCAGCCCCUGUGAACCCCCUAUUGGAGCAAAAUGUGGUAACCCCACCCUCAGCUAACUCCAGUCAACAGUUCUCUGAGACUCAAGAACUGAUUGAAUGAGUGCUGCCAUAGACCUGGCUUGUACUAAGGUUGGUCAGAGUGGUGCGGAUCAUUCCGGCGCCUCCCUCAGUCCAUCUCUCAGAGGCCAGCCACUCUCUGCCCCUGAGCGGGAGGAGCUAGAGCAGCUGCCCCCUGAGGAGGAAGAGGAGGAGGAGGAGAAAGAGAUGAGGGUAAAUGAGGAAGAGGACCAACCCCACCAUCCUGAGCACACAGGAGGUGCAGCUCAAAGCCCACCCAGCACAGCCACGUGUGCCAGCCGCCACGUCUCAGGACCGCUCCGCUGCAGCAUAAUGCAUACAAAAACACACACAACCAACAAUGUAUGUGGAAGCACACACUCACAGACGUGCACUCCAUGUCCAAAAGUGUCCAUACGCUCCUAGUUAAUGUAUUGGGGCAUUUGAAGCACGAUCAUUGCUGACACAGAUGAUCGGUUGUGCACAUGCAGCUUAGAAAGGUACUGCUAAUAAGAACCCACUGGAUCAAUCACAGAUAAGUUUAGCUUUACACAGUGAAACUUUUAUGCAACCUGAGUUCUAUGUAAAAUUAAGGUGCAUAAAAAAGGAGAAAAUAAAUCUAGUUAUGUUGGUCAAAGUUACAGCAGGUUGAAGAGGAUUGAUUGGUGGCACAAGCAUCCGUUUAGACAGCUGUUGCUGGUAGUGGACUAGUUAAGGCAGCUCUGUAUGUAAACAUUGGCUUUGAGCAACUCUAACUUGUUUGUUACCAACCACAUGCCAGCCUUGCAAAAAGUUGAUCAGGGGAUCUCCUUUUUAACCGUUCAGUAAACCAUCUUCUGUUUCAGUGUCUUGUACAACUGAUCCGGUGAAAUCAGGCGAUUGAAAUGACACUGUUUGAUAUGAUCACAUGGUGUUAUUAGUGAUUUGAUUUGCUGUUUCAUGAAACUUGUUCCACAAAGUUAAGAUGCUUUGCAGGACACUUUAUGCAGGUCAAGCAUUAAUUAGUUUCAUGUAGGUUGCAUGAUAGUUUCACCAUGUGAAGCCAGGCUGAAAUCACCACAUGCAGUGCCAUUCAGCAGCUACAGGGGAGUAAUGUUGUUUGGCAUUGGAUUGUAGAGCAGUGGAAUCACAUUUUCUGGCAUGAUGAAGACAAAUAUCUUGAGUUGGAGUGCUGUUUGUGAUCCAGACGAGUUACCUCCGCAAAGGAAGGACAAACUCCCUAUUAGUUUAGCAAAAAAAUAAUUUACUUUGCCCAGUUUACCAUUAUUCCAAGUGUAGUCAGUAUGUCAGACCCUACAAAGCUAAAAGACUAAUGUACCCACACAGGAAAAAAUGAUAUCUUGGCAAGUGAGAUCACCUUAAAUCUUAAAUCUAAACCUUUUAGAUGAAACAAACACUCAACAGACUCAGUGACAUGUCAAAAACAUAUGAGUGUGAGGGUUAGGUUUUGGGUUGAAGUUGAGGUCAAGGCUAGGAUUAGGGCCAGGGUGAAGGUUAGGGUUAGGUUUUGGGUUGGGGUUAAGGUUAGGGUUAGGAUUUGGCCCAGGGUCAGGAUUUGGUGUUGGUAAGGUUGGUAAAUUUAGGUUUUGCAUAAUGGAAGUAACAUAUCAACAAUACAUCUACUUAAUGUGAUGUAUCAACAGUACAUCUACAAGACAUUUACUUCAGUGUAUUCAAAUGCUUUACUACUGCUACUUCACUUAUAUGUUGUUGAUGUGUUACUGAUCAUCUAUUAAAGAGUUUAUUAAUCAUUAACAAACUACCACUGCAAAUAAAGUGUUACAAAUAUAUCUAAUAUUUCUAAAUAUGACAGUUGUGUGAGAAUAUUACAAGUUUGGAUACUUUAUCAAGUGAAAUUGUCGUAUUCCAUUGGCAGAUCAUUUUGCUUGCGUCAAGUAUUGCUUUUGAAACAAGCAAAAUAAUCUGCAUUAUUUCUUGAAACAAUCAAAUUGAUAUGCUAAUGUGAAUUACAGUUUCUAAAGAUAAAAUGAUUUAAAACACACAAAAAAAUGAAUUAGUUCAGUAAUCUUAUAACAUUCUUAGAGCAAUCUCAUGACAAGCUAUAUAGACUGGUUUUAAGAUGUUUUCACUUGCCAAGAUAUAAUUUUUGUAAUGUAGUGAAAGACAAUUAUGUAUUUACACCAUGCAUAAUGCAUCGUAAUCAUUCCACCUUUGCCUCAGACCUUUUUUGUCCAUUUUUAUGGACAAUCAUGUGUUACACAGCAAUGGAAACCACAUAAGCAUGUCUUUUUAAGAUUGAUUUGCUUCUUUCGGAAGAAUCAUGUCUGGAUACUUUUGGACAUACAAUGUACAAAAACACAUACACAGCUGGUCUUAGCAGCCCUGCUGUGACUUGAAGUGAGACCCACAGGUGUUUUCCCCACUUCCUGGGUGAAGCCUUCUGUCAGACAGGCUC